AUGAAUCAGUAUCAAAAUGAAGUAUAUGAAUCGUCAUCGCCUGCACCUUCACUGACAGAUGAUCAAUGUUCUUUAAUUGAUGAAGGCUAUUGGCAUGAUAACGAUUUGAUAUUGGCCGCUGAAUUGGGUAAAGCUCUUCUUGACAGAAAUCGAAAAUUAGAAUUAGCUUUAGAAAAAUCAAAAAGUAUUGAACAAGAAAAAGAUGCUGAAAUUGAAUUUCUUAUAAAAGAAAUUACUAAUCUUCGUGAGUUAAGUCAACGUAAAAUGGAAUUUGUUGAUGAGGCUGAUAGAUAUAAUCAAGAAUUGGAUAACAGUAAUCGUCAAUUGAUGCGUAAAAUUUCUGAAGAUCAGAGAAAGAUUCAACGAUUAUCAAAUACAAUAGCUAUGUUAGAAGAACAAAUUGCUGGAUUAGUGGAACGAUUAAAAAAAUAUGAUAAUCAAUCAGUGAUGAAAGGAACAGAAAUAUUUCAUUCAGAAUUUUCUUCUUCCACUUCAUCUCCAACUUCUACACCUUUACCGACUUAUCGACGACAUUUAUUAGAAAAAAGCUCACCGAUCUCUUCAUCGUCAACAAUUAUGUCUUCAACCAAGAAAAUUGAUACUACUAAUAGGCCUGUUACUACUUGUAAUACUGACAAUAAUAAUAAUAACGUUGACGCAUUAUCUUUAAGAAAUAUGCAUAAAUCCACCAUUUUAAGUAAAAAUUAUGGUGAAUAUUUUAAAGAAAAGAUCAAAUCGAAACCAGUGUACAAUCAUAAUAAUAACAGAAGAUACACUAAUAAAUAUAGUAGUGUUUCAUUAUCAGGUUAUCGUGAAAAGGGUGGUUUAUUCUUUAUUGAUGAUGAGUUAUUCGAUCAACCAGAUAUUGGUGUUGCUUCUGGUAAAAGUAAUUGUAGUAUUCUUGGUGCUGGUAAUCAACAGAAAUUAUUACGAACAAAUUCUAAAUCCUCCUCUAUUUUACAAUUGACAUCUGAAAAAUCUUCGUAUACACAAUUGUCAUCAUUUAAUUUAUAUCAUAAAAUGCCUUGGAUGCUGAUGAUCAAUUCAAAGAAGAGAGAUGGACAAAAAUGUACACUAUUAACUGAUCAUGAUGAUGAUAAUGUUAAUGAUACAUUAAAUACAGCUUCAAUGUUGCAUCGCACAUUUAGUUGGCCUCGUCUAAAUGAAAUGUCGUUUAUUUGUGAUGACCAUACUGACUCAUCUUGUAAUUUGGCAAAUUAUGAUAAUUCUUCACAAUAUACCUUAAAUCCCGAUAUUAAUGAUAAUUUAAUAAAUGGGAAAGAUAAUCAUGAUACAUCAAUUUUUUCAAUGAGUAACAAUUAUCAUUGUGAAGAAUUUUCCAAUGGAAUUCAUGUUAACCCAUUAUCGGAAUCGGUGACAUUAUCAAAUUCCAUACUCAUUACAGAAUCUGAAGUUAAUGGACCUAACAGUCGUUCAUCUACACCAUCUCAAGUACAACACAGUGAUGAACAGAUACCGACUAGUAAUCAUAAUAAUAAUAAAUCAAAUGAAAAUGAAAAUUCUCUUGUCAGUGGAUUCACUAAAAAUACUUCAUUAGAAACAAAAACAGAUGUAACCAAUGUCAAACUGAAACCAAGAAUUUCUGAUCAAAUUAAUGAUUUAUUAGAUGAUAUCAAUUUUGUUAGUUGUUUAGAUCGGAUUUAUAAUCCACAUAUACGUUCACAAUAUCAAGAUUUAAUCAAUUUAGAUUAUAAACCAGCUUAUAGGCAAUUAUUUUAUGAAACAUUCAAUAUGUUAAAAAAUGUACGUAAAAUGGGAAAUCAUAUAAAAUAAUGAACUAAACAUUUCAUAUUCUUAUACACUUUUAACAAUAUUACUAAUUAUAGUAAUAUUGUAGUAUUUCUUUUUCAUUAGUU